AUGAAAGUAGAUAAUAGCGUACAGUGGAAGUAUCAAGAUCCCAAUACAAUUGAUUUCAAACCUUUAAAUGUUGCCGUUAUUGGUGGUACUGGGGGAAUUGGUCGUGCCAUCAGUCGUCUUUUGGCUUUGAGUGGAGCUAAUGUCUUUGUUGUUGGACAAACUUUUAGAGAUAGUGAUGUCAAGGGGAUUAAUUUUAUAAAGGGUGACCUCAGUUCUAUCGCCGAAGCAAAGCGAAUUGCAAAGGAACUUCCACAAGAUAAAUUAGAUAUUGCUAUUUUCACUGCUGGUAUCUUUGCUUCUUCAAAACGAGAAGAGACUGGAGAAGGACUAGAGCGUGAUAUGGCUGUUAGUUAUUUAAAUCGUCUAGCAAUGAUACGAACGAUUGCUCCUACAUUCGAGAAAUCCAAGAGUGAGCUAGGAUUUAAUAAAAGAAUUUUUAUCAUGGGCUUUCCAGGGAAUGAUCAGCUUGGGACUAUUGAUAAUCUCAAUCAAGAGAAAAGCUAUGGUACGAUGCAAGCACAUAUGAACACGGUUGCUGGUAAUGAAGCACUCGUUGUUGACCUGGCAGAACGUUAUAAAUAUGUUGGUUUUUACGGGUUAAAUCCUGGUUUGAUCAGAACCAAUAUUCGUAGCAAUUUGUUCGGCAAUGGUAUACUUCACACAGUAGCUGAAUCGCUUAUCGGGUGGUUUAAUCAAAGUGCCGAUGAUUAUGCAAAGAAAAUUGUACCACUAUUUGUAAGCCCAGACAUCGAGAAUCAUAGUGGAGCGAUGUUUAAUAACAAAGGCCAAGCUGUCUUGGGUUCUAAAGGUUUCACUAAAGAGUACGCCAAAGAUUUCAUUGCUAAAUCAGAGGUAUUAUUAAAGAGUAAGGGAUUGGAUACUGAAUCCUAG